AAAGGACAAAGGCUAGCAAAACAGGAACCGUGGGAGGUGGGACAAUCACAAGAGGAGGGCAGGGCAACCUGAAAAGACGUUGAAUUUCACGGGCAAUCUUUGAAAAACCCACUUACGUAAACCUUCGAUUCUUCUUCCUCAAUGAUAAUCCCACCAAACCCUGCAACAAUCAACAUUCAUCACUAUCAAUUCGAUCACUGUAACUAAAACCCUCAGAUGAAAUCUGGGUCUCAUUUUCUCUUUUUCUGUGUUUUCUCCAUCAUCGUUGUUGCUCUCUCCUUCUCAACCGACGUCGUUUUGUCCUCUUCUAGAGAUUUAUCCUUCCACCAUUCUACCGGAAGAAAACCGCUCUCUCUUCCUCCGAAACAAGAUUUGGAGCUAGUAGCUGCUCCUAAUGGCACCGUGUAUCUGAUAGAUACUGAUGAUAGAAAAGUAAUAUGGUCCUUUGCAUCAGGGCCUCCAAUUUACAUGUCUUAUCACAUUCCUGUCCAAGAAGGUGAUGAAAAGGAUAAAGCAGUUGGUCACAGUAGAUAUUCUUUUCUGGACUGUGGAGAUGACUGGGAGUUAUAUCUGAACAAUAAAUAUGGAAAGCUGAAACUUGAAGGUACUAUUCAAGACUAUGUGAAGAAAACACCAAUAUAUGAGGAUGAUGAAGUUACUGUGGGAUCCAUGCAUUCUACAGUUUUUAAGGUUGAUCUUCGGACUGGAAGGCUUAUUUAUAAUUAUGGAAAAUCUGUAUCUAGUAAGGUGGCACAAGGGGACGUUGAGACUCCGUCUGCUGAGGGCAGAUUUGAAUCCAAAAGUUCUGGCUCUUCAAGUGUCAAAGGUCCUGAUGUGGAGCUAUACAUUGAAAGAAUAGAUUAUUCACUCUCUACUAAGGCCUUUGAUAAAGAUCUGUGGAAUCUGACAGUUGGUUUCUUUAAAGCCAAAGUUCGAUGUAGAGGGACUGAUCAGUCGGUGGAUGGAGCCUUAGAGAAAUUGGAUUACAGAUUGGUCUCUGGUUCUGAUGUUCCUAGGGUUGUCUCAUUUCCUUGUGAAUUUGAAUUUUCUGUUCGCCGUUUUCGCAAGCAGAGUUUGUUUGAUUAUUUUCUUGGACUAGAUGGCUUACCUGAUACCCUGAAUGAUCCUAGUACUCUUCCAGCUGGUGAUUCAAGCCACAUGCUUCCUUCGCCACAUAAAGAUGAUAAAACUUCACCUAGUCAUCAGAAAGGGGUCUCUUUACCUACUCUUAGCCAUCUUCGCCCUUCGCGUGAAGUUCUAGAAAUUGAUGUACGCACUCAUGGGAGGGUUCAGAGUUUGAGAUUGUUAAUCAGGAGAUAUAUUCCAUGGACUUUUUUUUUUCUUGCUCUCCUUGUCAUUGGCUUUGCUUUCCAUCACAAAUCUGCAGUAGAAAGAGAAAAAUAUGAGUUAGAUGUGGAGUCUAGUUUGAGCACUCAACCUGUAACUUCCAAAAGGAAAAGAUCUCGUAAAUCAGGGAAGAAUGUAACUGCCCCAGAAGAAAAUCAGCAUAAGGAAAAGUCUGUUAGACGCUGGCUGAAUCUUAAUAGUCUUUUGCAGGGUGAGACAGAUGGACGCACAAUUGGUAAAUUAUUUGUGAGUAAUAGAGAAAUAGCCAAGGGAAGCAAUGGUACUGUUAUAUAUGAGGGAAUUUAUGAAGGGAGGAAGGUGGCUGUGAAACGCUUAGUUCAGGCUCAUCAUGAUGUGGCCUUUAAAGAAAUUCAAAACCUUGCUGCAUCUGACCAACACCCAAACAUUGUUCGAUGGUAUGGCAUGGAGUAUGACCAUGAUUUCGUGUAUCUUUCUCUCGAGUUUUGUUCUUGCAGCUUAUAUGAUCUUAUUGAGUCAUAUGUGGAUUCUUCUCAUCACUCUAUGACCUUUGGUGACAAAUCAUUGAGUGCAAGAACAGAGUACGGACUCAAGUUGAAGUCUCUGAAAGCCGCUAUGAAAGACAUUAAAUUGUGGAAAAGCAACGGCUAUCCUUCUGCCUUGUUGUUGAAACUAAUGAGGGAUGUAGUUUCUGGUGUUGUUCAUUUGCAUGAACUGGGAAUAAUUCACCGUGACUUGAAGCCUCAAAAUGUAUUGAUAAACAAGGAUAAAAUCCUCUGUGCGAAGCUUUCUGAUAUGGGCAUUAGCAAGCGGCUUCUUGCAGAUAUGUCUUCGUUAGGUCAUCAUGCUACUGGUCAUGGAAGUUCUGGCUGGCAAGCUGCCGAACAGCUACUUCUUGGACGCCAGACACGGGCUGUUGAUAUGUUUAGCUUAGGCUGUGUCCUCUUUUUCUGUGUGACUGGUGGCAGACAUCCUUUUGGCGAUCGAUAUGAUCGUGAUGCCAAUAUUAUCAGGAACCAAGUGGAUCUCUUCCUGGUGGAGAAUAUGCCAGAAGCACUGGAACUUUUUUCUCGUUUACUCCAACCAGACCCUCAAAUGCGGCCUAGGGCACCCGAGGUUCUACACCACCCAUUCUUUUGGAAUUCUGAAAUGCGAUUAUCAUUUCUACAUGAUGCUAGUGACAGAGUUGAAUUAGAAGACAGAAAGACUAAUUCAGAUAUCCUUAAUGCAUUGGAAAGUGUUGCACCAACAGCUGUAGGUACUAAAUGGAAUGAAAAACUGGAGCGAAAAUUUCUUGAUGACAUGGGACGUUACAGACGUUACAAGUAUGACAAUGUCCGAGACUUGCUGCGACUCAUGCGAAAUAAGUUGAAUCAUUAUCGGGAGCUGCCUGCUGAAGUUCAGGCACUUGUGGGAUCAGUCCCUGAUGGAUUUGAUGAAUACUUCUCCAGCAGAUUUCCCAGACUAUUGAUUGAGGUGUAUAAGGUGGUAUAUAAGUUAUGCAAAUAUGAAAAAUGGUUUCAGAAAUAUGUUCAACCUCAAGGCAGUCUACUUUGAGCUGCCUAAUAGUGGAUUCAGAUGUUCCAGCCUGUAUAUAACUAUAUACGCAUAUGAGUGUGUUUACAUUAUCAUUAAACAGUUCAGAUGUAAAUGAAAAUCCAUGUAAUUAUCUCCUCCAACAUGUAUAUGUAUCAGAUAUCAGAUGUAACGAGUAUAACGCCUCAUUUUCUGUAUUGUUAAUUGUUUCCAAUUUCAGACCA